CUAUAAGUAUCCCCGACAUUAUUCAUUUCAAAUUCCCACUUUACACACACAUCGUUAUAAAAAAGUGCGUAUAUACACACACAUAUACUUACACCAUUUACGAGAGGAGUAGUUAUAUUGAAAUUCGUGUCCGGCGUGGGAGGAGUUGUUGUCAUUUGAACACAUUGGGCCCCGGUUCUAAUAAUUUUCCGAUCGGUUUUGCCGGAAAAUAUCUGCCGUGUUGGUCGUGGAGAUGGCGUGGAAGGAUAUGGCGUUUAUGCCGAAGUUCAGAGAGGCGUUUCAGGGCAGGACAAGGGAGGUUGAGCUUGGAAUGCAUACCAUCAGGUCACAUGGAGCCACAGUUGCAAGGAGUCAUAAGCAUGACUGGGUUAUCUUGCUAUUACUCGUCGUCAUAGAGAUCAUCCUGAAUAUCAUACAUCCUUUCUAUCGCUUCGUUGGGAAGGAUAUGAUGGAGGACCUGAAAUAUCCAAUGAAGGACAACACUGUGCCUAUAUGGGCUGUUCCGAUAUAUGCAGUUUUGUUGCCUAUUGUUAUUUUCAACCUCUUUUAUCUCUGGAGGAGAAGUGUUUAUGACCUGCAUCACAGUGUUUUAGGCCUCUUAUUUGCUGUACUGAUAACUGGUGUCCUUACGGAUUCAAUAAAGGAUGCAGUUGGUCGUCCUCGGCCUGAUUUCUUCUGGAGAUGCUUUCCUGAUGGCAAAGAUUUCUAUGACCAAUGGGGCAAUGUUAUAUGUCAUGGUAAAACACAUGAGAUUAGGGAAGGACACAAGAGCUUCCCAAGUGGCCAUACUUCAUGGUCCUUUGCAGGUUUGGGGUUUCUAUCUCUGUACUUGGCCGGAAAGAUAAGAGUAUUUGAUCGCAGGGGACAUGUGGCAAAACUUUGCAUUGUCUUUCUUCCUCUCCUUGCUGCUGCCCUUGUUGGUGUAUCCCGAGUGGAUGAUUAUUGGCACCAUUGGCAGGAUGUGUUUGCAGGGGGUCUACUGGGGCUCUUCGUGGCAACAAUGUGCUAUCUUCAAUUCUUCCCACCACCAUAUCACACUGAUGGCUGGGGUCCAUACGCACAUUUUGAUGCUAUAGAGGAGUCACGUUCAAAUCCAAAUUCAGCUCCUGCAAAUGGAUUCAUUGUGCAUGAAACACAGUUUCAGCCAGAUUUUGUGACAGUGCCUUUAGGCCACAACUCAAGCUUGCAGCUGAAUGACAUGGAAGCUGGCAGAAUGUAGAGCUGGAACGCUGAUUUGUUCCUAGUCUAGUCAUAUUUAGCUCUGUCUAUAGGCUCUUUCCUUGUGUACAAAUCACCUGGUAGUUUUGGAAACGCGGUAUAUACCGGAUGAGAUAUUAGUUAAUCACAUUAGAAUGGGUUUCAGCCUUCAUAAUAUUGGUGCUUUCACAUUGGAGUGUACUAAAACUUGGAUUAUCAUUUUGUAUGUUAUAUUUUGUCCAAUUGAA